UAUGCAGACUUAGAUGAAUUUCUUUCGGAAAAUAAUAUACCUGAUGGUUUACCGGGCACUCACUUGGGACACUCAAGUGGUUUGGGCCAUCGUUCAGACUCACUCGGCCAUGCAGCUGGGCUGUCACUUGGUCUUGGACAUAUAACCACAAAACGUGAACGUUCACCCUCACCGUCGGAUUGUAUAAGCCCCGAUACUCUGAAUCCACCAUCACCAGCUGAAUCAACAUUUUCAUUUGCAUCGUCGGGGCGGGAUUUUGAUCCUCGCACCAGAGCGUUUUCCGAUGAAGAGCUCAAACCGCAACCCAUGAUCAAAAAAUCACGCAAACAAUUCGUUCCAGAUGAACUCAAGGACGACAAGUACUGGGCCAGACGCCGAAAGAAUAACAUCGCUGCCAAACGUUCCCGGGAUGCACGUCGUCAAAAGGAAAACCAAAUAGCGAUGCGUGCACGAUAUCUUGAAAAAGAAAACGCAACAUUACACCAACAAAUAGAGCAACUACAACAGGAGAACAAGGACUUGCGUGCACGUCUUACGAAAUUCCAAGAUGUGUAAUGUUCAAAUAUCAAUGUACCAAGAAAGGUACAAACUUAACUCCCCCCACUUACUCACUUGACGCCACUACACGUUAAGCAACAACCACAAGAACCACAAGUACCACUCCAGUUUACAGAAAAAUAAAACAGACCACAACAAACAAUAAAACACUACAACAACAAUGUAUACACCAUUCAGUCUCCACUCCGCUCCACUCCACUUCACUCCACUUAAAUUAAAACAGAAAUAAAAUAUAGUAAAUAUUUAAUAUAUAUAAAAUUAGAGAAGAAAAAAAACAGAAA